AUGAGACUGAAAUUGGCAAGCAGAACGGCACAGUUGGUGCUGGCGGUGCCCGUGCUAGGGGCGAUAGCUUUGGCGCCGAGCCAGCAGCAGCAGCAGCAGCAGCAGCGAUUAUCAGACGAAGCAGACGGCAUCGGCUCAGGCUCCGGCCACAGCCCAUUUGAUGCAGCCUUUGGGGCGCUGGCGGCGAAGACGUUGGCGGCGUGGCGGGUGCCGGGGAUAGCGGCGGCGGUGCUGGAUGGCGACGCGACGUGGACGGCGGGCUUUGGGCGCGCGCAGCUGCCAGAUGAGCCCGUGACAGCCGACACGCUCUUCUACACGGCCAGCACGACCAAGGCGUUUGUGGCGGCGACGCUGGGACUGCUGAUCGACAGCGGGCAGUACACGGCGGGCGAGGAGACGCCCCUCGCCUGGUCGACGCCGCUGUCGGCCAUCCUGCGCGACGACUUUGUGGUGGCCGACGACGACUGGGCGACAGCGCACCUGACGAUCGAUGAUGCUCUUGCGCACCGCAGCGGCCUCGCCGGCCAUGACCUGACACGGUCGCGACGCUACGGCCUCGACGGUGUCUAUCCGGCUGGUGUGCGCGAGGUCACGCGCAGCCUCCGACACCUGCCGUUGACCACGAGCCCGCGCACCGAAUACCGCUACUGCAACCUCAUGUUUCUCGUGCUCUCACAUGCCGUCGAGACUCUUGCCGGUGGCCGCUGGCUCGGCCACAUCCUCCACGACCGGCUCUGGGCACCGCUCGGCAUGCGCUCCACCUUCCUCAGCCUCGACCACGCCCGUGCUGCCCCGGCUCCUGCCUCUCUCGCUCAGGGCUACUACUGGGACGAGGCCGCGACCGUCUACGUGCCCGUUCCCCAUAUGCCGCUCCACGAGGUCAGCGGCGCCGGCGGCAUUAUCUCUACCGUCGCCGACUACGCUCGCUGGCUCCGCUGCUGGAUCGACGGCCCGGCAGCGUCGCGGUCCUCGCCCGCCAACGUUUCAAACGUCUGUGGCGGUAUCCCGCUGACCGGCGCCAGCUUCGACCAUAUCCUCACACCCAAGAUCUUCACUACCCAGACAGCCGCCUCGGCUGAGCCGUUUGACGCCCCGGUGGCCUACGCCAGCGCCUGGACCACGAGCUCAUACCGUGGACAUCGCUUCUGGGGCCACUCAGGUGGGAGCAACGCCUUUGGCGCACAGGUCUACUUCUUUCCUGACGACCGCUUUGGCGUCGUCCUGUUCGGCAACACGGCCAUCACGUCCAACGCGGCCGAGCUCGUGCUGUUGUGGCACCUGGUGGACGAGCACUUUGGCAUUCCGCCAGCAGAGCGCUACGACUGGUCGGCCAAGCUGCGCAGUAAGGCGGCCACACGGGCUGCCCGGUUCGACACAGCGCUGGACCGCCUAUACCCCCAACGCGCGCAACCCCCACUGCCGCCAUCGCUGCCGCUGGCCGACUUUGUCGGCACAUACUACCACCCCGCCUACCAGAACCUCACGCUCCAGCUGAUGAAAAGCAAUUACAGCGACUACGGGGUCGUCUUUACGGCCGAGCGUCGGGAGCACACGUGGCCGACGCUGUGCGAAUUUGUGCACGUCUCGGGCGACAGCUGGGCCAUGUACACGGACAUGUUGUACGAGCGCAGCGGCAACUUCCGCGGCUACGGCCGGGCUCGUUUCCAGGUUGGCGCCGAUGGCAGGGCCGGCAGCCUGGUGGUGGAGUUCUGGGACCGCGACGACGACACGGUCGAGGGCGUCUUUACGUUUGUGCGCAUCGAUGACAUGGAAUGGCACAUAUACUGCCGUGUGUCUGGCCACCGCCUUUUCCAGGCAAAAUCGCGACCUGUCGAAACCCCGCCAGGCUUCUUGCUCCUCUCCUCGCUUCUGGCUUCUCGCUUCUCGUCUUCUGUCUCUCCUCACCCGCUCGCCACCACCACGCCCACCAGCGAUACGCUCUUCACACCCGCCCACGAAACCACUCUGUCCGACAAGAUGGCCGACUUUCAGACGGUUGCCGACCAGUUUGUGUCGUUCUACUACCAGACCUUUGAUGGCAACCGGAAGCAGCUCCAGGCGCUCUACCGCGACCAAUCGAUGCUGACGUUUGAGUCGGCGUCCGUCCUGGGUGCUGCCGCCAUCGUGGAGAAGCUGGGGAACCUGCCGUUUGAAAAAGUCACGCACCAGGUGUCGACCAAGGACGCCCAGCCGACGAUGGACGGCGGCUUGCUCGUCCUGGUGACGGGCCAUUUGCUGAUCGACGAGGAGCAGCGGCCGAUGGGCUUCUCGCAGGCAUUCCAGCUGCUCAAGGACGCCAGCGGCUACUUUGUCUACAACGACAUCUUCAAGCUGAUCUACGGUUAG